UUCAUGUGAUGGCUACCCAACAGCAUCUACACCAUCUCCAUCUCCAGCACCACAGAGAACGGCAACAAGCCCUGGUACCUGGAGGUCUGCUCCUCCACACUGGCCACCACCUACAGCAGCGGGGAGUUCUAUGACAGGAAGAUAGUGACCACAGACCUGCGGCAGCGAUGUACUGAUGGCCACACUGGUACCUCUGUGUCGGCUCCCAUGGUGGCUGGGGUCAUCGCUCUCACUCUGGAGGCCAACCCAUUGGUCAGCUGGAGAGAUAUCCAGCACCUGCUGGUCAAGACAUCCAGGCCUGUCCACCUGAAGGCCAACGACUGGAAGACCAACGCAGCCGGACACAGAGUGAGUCACCUGUAUGGCUUUGGGCUGGUGGAUGCGGAGGGUAUGGUGGUGGAGGCUAAGAAGUGGAGGAGUGUUCCUACCCAGCACACCUGUACUAGGAUGUCUGAACGACGUACCAGGUACAUCCGUGCAGACCAGAGCCUGAACAACACCAUCACAAGCACAGGGUGUACAGAGCAGGCGGAGCAGCAUGUGAGCUACGUAGAACAUGUGGUGGUCAAGGUACUGGUUGUCCAUCCACGACGAGGAGAUCUGGAGGUCAGCCUCAUAUCACCCUCAGGAACACGCUCACAGCUACUGGCCAAGAGGUGAGCGAUACACACAGAUACACACACACAUGAACCUCGGUCUACCGCUCUGGAAAACAACUUCUUUACCAUUAGACCAAGAGGAAAUUCCUUCCUGGUGUGAGAUUGACAUUGGACUUACAGUUGUAGGCAGGGCUACUUUUUCACGACAGCGGGAUUCCAAAUCACAUCUGCAAUACACACACACAUUCACGCACACACACACACACACACACACACACACACACACACACACACACACACACACACACACACACACACACACACACACACACACACACACACACACACACACACACACACACACACACACACAC